AUGUCGAGAGCUGUGAUAGACUUUGCAGUCUCGUUCCUCACCAAGCCCCGACAUCUGGAGUUUCCGCACGCAGAAAAGUAUGCACGGGCCAGCCAUGAAACACAGGAACUGUUUGUGUUCCCUGUCUGAGGGGUUUGGAGCAGGGAAGAGAAAAUAUCGAAUGAGUCUCCACUGGCCAACCCUGUAAUAAAGCUAGCCCUCAACACCCUUUAAUGACUCCAAUCUGGCCGGGGGUUAUGGGUACUGGUUGUGUGUGUGUGUGUGACCCACCACAUCCCCUCCAGAAGGCCAAAAAAUAGGGCGACCACAAGCCAGUUGGGUCUCCCCCCCCUCUUCUCACGCCCUCUUCCUCCAAAGGCUUAGUAAUUGAAUAGUGAUGUUAACAUACUAUUGAAUAACAUACUGUACUGUGAAAGGUGACUAGCGUGAGUACAAAUCUGAAGAAAGGGGAAGAAAGUGUAUUUUGGGGCCUAAAAUGAGCCUGCUCUUUUCUUUUCUUCUGAGAUGUAUGACACUGCUUGUGUAUGGUCUUCUGUCACAGGACAUUUUCUCUGACAAUGCUUUUCAGAGUAAACCAAUGACUUCUCAUUGUAGGGUAUCCACCCAUACUGCUCAGAGUGGAUGAAAACGUGCUUUGUUGAUGAAUUUCACUUCUUUAUGCUAUAAGAAUACAUUUUUACCUUGAUAAAUAUAAUUAUUCAUGUUCUGAAUCGUUCAGUGGGGUCUUUCUCUAACAAUGUCAUUAACAUUUUAUCAAAAAAGUUGGAAAUCUUAACCUUAUACAUCCGAUAAUAAGCACCGAGCUCUGUUGACAUAGCGGUGCAGAUUUUUUUGAGGAUUUUACAUUUUGUGGUUGUUGUCUUCAAAGUUUCCGCGGGUUGCAAAAUUAGCAUGACACCAGCUGAAUUAAAUGUGAUUAUUAAUUAAACGCUCAGUGCUCCGUUGACAUUUCAGAGAUAUGGUUAUUUUUGUGAGAAAUCUUUUAAAAGAACAUGAAUUUCUAAUUGAUAUGAGAAGCGUAUAAUAAAGUAUGAAAGUGCUACAUGUCAUGUCUCAAAAUCGAUAUCUAUCUUACCUCUAUUGUUUAAUUUCCUGCGGAUUCGAGUUCAACGGGAAAGUGAGCCUGUCAGGUAGCCUUAAUUCUUGCACAGAAUCCAGCCUAGCUGACACUAUGCAAUUUUCCUGAUUUUAAUUUUAAUUUUAUUUAUUGAUGUUUUCAAUGAUGUUUUCCAACUUGGUCUCAGAGCAUUUCUUACUAUUCUGUAUGUAAAAUCUGAAACACUCCAUUUAGUAUGAUACAGUAUGUUAUGUUUCAUAUGGUAUGUAUCAAUUUGUGGCUGUCCAUCCCCCAUUAUGCAUGAAACGUAUGAUAUGUUACGAAUUUGCUAAACUUAUGAUAUGUUACAAAUUCUAGCUAGGUGGCUAGGCUAGGGGUUUGGGUUAGGGGUUAAGUUUAGGGAUAUGUUUAGGACUUAGGUGAAAGGGUUAAGGUUAGGAGAAGGGUUACUUAGUAGUAAGUAGUUGAAAAGUUGCUAAAAUGCUAAAGUUGUCUGUGAUGAGAUUCCCCGACCAACCACCUUCCUUUUGUUUUUGCCUUAACCUCUACAGGAUCGGUGUCCCGUAUACGGGACGGUUGAGCUAACGUGCGCUAAUGUGAUUAGCAUGACUGUUGUAAGUAACAGCAAAUGUCUUAUAUGGGCAGAAAGCUUAAAUUAUUGUCAAUCUAACUGCACUGUCCAAUUUACAGUAGCUAUUACAGUGAAAAAAAAUAUCAUGCUAUUGUUUGAGGAGAGUGCAUAACAACCAAAAACGUAUCACGGCAACUGGUUUGAUACAUUUACCUCUGAAGGUAAAUAAUGUACUUACAUUCAGUAAUCUUGCUCUGAUUUGUCAUCCUAAUGGUCCCAGAGAUAAAAUGUAGCAUAGUUUUGUUUGAUAAAAUCCAUUUUUAUAUUCAAAUGUAGAAACUGGGUUCUACAGUUUGAACCCUGCUGUCUCUGGCUUUUUGUUUGUAUUAUCUUUUACCAGAUCUAAUGUGUUAUAUUGUCCUACAUUGUUUCCUUUCAAAUGGUAUCAAGAAUAUGCAUAUCCUUGCUUCAGGUCCUGAGCUACAGGCAGUUAGAUUUCCGGUAUGUCAUUUUAGGCAAAAUUUGAAAAAAAGGCUGUGAUCGUUAAGAGGUUAAGUAACCAUCUGUCUUAUAACCAUAGUAAACGUAACAUAUCAUAUGUACAGAAUAAUAUGAAAUGCUCUGAGACCAGGUUGGAUUUCUGAACAUUCUUUUUCUCUGGCCUCUGUUGAUUUAGUCACCCUAAUUCCGGCCAUCCUGCGAGGGUAAAAACUUGGGUAACUUUUGAACGGAUAAUGAUAGAGACGUGGUUUGGACCAUUGGUUUUCUUAGAGGAUUAUCUACACUAUUAUUUUUUCCCAUUGGUCAAAAAAAUUGUUUUUGAUUGGACACCCUAUUAAUUGAUGCUUUUGGCUGAAGCCACCAUCAAAAAAAUUAAAAUAAACUUUGGUCAUUGAAGUUUGAUACCCUAAUUUCCCCGAUUGUAUGGUUUCCCAUUUUAGCAUAAUGCUCUGAGUUUUUCACCCUUGAAAGAAGAGACUUGCAUAGCAUUUAUCACUUAGAGCACAAUCUGAUGUGAAUAGAUUGUUUUGUAUUUUAUUAGGAUCCCCAUUAGCUGUUGCGAAAGCAGCAGCUACUCUUCCUGGGGUCCACACAAUACAUGAAACAUUACAUAAUGCAGAACAUUAAUAGACAAGAACAGCUUAAUAAAAACGUCACACAUAGCUAGGAUUAAGGUGAUCCGGUGCGGUGUCCCGGCAAAAUAAAUAGUGGGGGUACACCGUACCGGUAAAACAUGAGCCUAUCACAAUAAUUAAAACAAAAUGUCAAAAACUGUAAGCUAUUACACCACUUUUGAUCAUAACAUCACUUUUGAUCAUUACCGCAUGUCAGAGGCAUGGAAAAUAAGCGAAUGGACUUGAAAACGGGUGGUAUAGUCUAUUCUCCAAAAUGCGAUGUGGUUCGAUGAGAACACUGACAUUUUGCCAAGGCAGAGAUGAGUGGUCGACUCAAAGACACGCGUGGACAGCAGUGGAUGCAUACAUUCUGGCUUAAUGACAAUCUCCAAAUGUCAUUACACUUUUUGGUGUUUUGUGUAGCUAGACUGGUCUCCUAGACUAGACAGAAACAGAUGUCUCUUUCCAUUCACCACUGUUUGGAGGCUGGAAAUAUAUUGCGAGUGGAUGAGCGUGCGGGGGAAGCCUAGUAAAGGAGCCCUUUGAAGUGAUCGUUUGACAAUCAGAUGAGAACAUCAUGACUGGUUGUGUUUAUGCCACAAUAAAAAGUAAUAGGUUUUUAAUGUUUAAUGACAAAUCUUUUACGACUAGGUCCACAGAGAUCCGAUUUGAAUUAAUAGGGAUUCCAAAUGUAAUUCUAUGAUUAGGUCCAUACAAUUUUUAGGAGGUCCCGUACCGGGAAGAAAUGUAAUUAUACUUUCACACCUGCACAUAGCCUACAUAUGUGUUGCUUUAUCUGUUAGUUUUUUUAGCUGUUCACUAGAGCAAUAUGAGAUGGAAGGGAGUUCCAUGCAAUCAUGGCUCUAUAUAAUACUGUACGCUUUCUUUACUUUGUUUUGGAUUUGGGGACUGAAAAGAUGCAAGGCUGCAUGUCUGGUGGGGGGUAAGUGUAUGUCAGAGCUGUGUGUAAAUUGAUUAGGCAAACAAUUUGGAAUUUUCAACACAUUCAUGUUUCUUAUAAAAAUAAGUGAUGCAGUCAGUCUCCUUUACUUUUAGCCAAGAGAGCUUGGCAUGCAUAGUAUUAGUCCUCUGAUUACAGUGAAGAGCAACACGUGCCACUCUGUUCUGGGCCAGCUGCAGCUUAACUAGGUCCUUCUUUGCAUCACCUGACCAAAUGACUGGGCAAUAAUCAAGAUAAGAUCAAUCUAGAGCCUGCAGGACUUGCUUUGUGGAGUGUGGUGUCAAAUCUCUUUAUCACGGACAGACCUCUCCCCAUCUUUACAACCAUUGGAUCAAUAUGUUUUGACCAUGACUGUUUACAAUCCAAACUAACACAGAGUAAUUUAGUCUCCUCAACUUGCUCAACAGCUACAUAACAUUAUUCAUUAUCAGAUUCAGCUGAGGUCUAGAACUUAGGGAAUGAUUUGAACCAAAUACAAUGCUCUUAGUUUUAGAGAUGUUCAGGAGUAGUUUAUAACUGGCCACCCAUUCUAAAACCGACUGCAACUCUGUUUAGGUUUGCAGUGAUUUCACUAGCUGUGGUUGCUGACGCGUAUAGGGUUGAAUCAUCAGCAUACAUAGACACAUAGGCUUUGUUUUAAUGCCAGUGGCAGGUCAUUAGUAAAAAUAGAAAAGAGUAGAGGGCCAAGAGAACUGCCCUGCGGUACAGUACACUUUACAUGUUUAACAUUAGAGAAGCUUCCAUUAAAGAAAACCCUCUGUUCUAUUUCAUAGAUAGCUCUGAAUCUACGAUAUGGCAGAGUUUGAAAAGCCAUAACACAAGUUUUUUCAACAACAGGUUAAGGUCAAUAAUAACAGUACAGCUCCCACAAUCUUCUUAUUAUACAUUUCUUUCAACCAAUCAUCAGUCAUUUGUGUCAGUGCAGUGCAUGCUGAGUGCCCUUCUCUAUAAUCAUGCUGAAAGUCUGUUAAUUUUUCCUAAAUGUUGCUAAGAGUCGGCAGCAAGCUGAUUGGUCGGCUGUUAGAACCAGUAAAGGGUGCUUUACCAUUAUUGGGUAUCGGAAUGACUUUGGCUUCCCUCCAGGUCUGAGGAUAAUCUUUUUUCUCCAGACGCAGAUUAAAAUGACAAAUAGGAGUGGCAAUAUAGUCUGCUACCAUCCUCAGUAGCUUUCCAUCUAAGUUGUCAAUGCCAGGUGGUUUCUCAUUAUUGAUGGACAAUAAUAAUUUCCCCACCUCACCCACACUAACUUUUACAGAAUUCAAAAUUACAAUGCUUUUUUUUUCAUUAUUAGGUAUGUUAUGCAUGUACAGGAUAUGAUGGUUCACAGUUUUUUGUUGGCAUUUCAUACCUAAGUUUGCCUACUUUGUAACUGUCAACAUAAAGGUUUUGUGAUUAAUGAGUCAUCUUAUUUAAUGAAAGAUUUUUAAUUAGUUUGUGUACACUGAAUACCUGCUCUUUCCAUGACAUAGACUGACCAGGUGAAUCCAGGUGAAAGCUAUGAUCUGUUAUUGAUGUCACUUUUUAAAUCCACUUCAAUCAGUGUAGAUGAAGGGGAGGAGAUGGCUUAAAGAAGGAUUUUUAAGCCUUGAGACAAUUGAGACAUGGAUUGUGUAUGUGUGCCAUUGAGGGUGAAUGGACAAGACAAAAUAUGCCUUUGAAUGGGGUAUGGUGGUAGGUGCCAGGCGCACCGGUUUGAGUGUGUCAAGAACUACAACGCUGCUGGGUUUUUCACGCUCAACAGUUUCCCGUGUGUAUCAAAAAUGGUCCACCACCCAAAAGACAUCCAGCCAACUUGACACAACUGUGGGAAGCAUUGGGUCAACAUGAGCCAGCAUCUCUGUGGAACGCUUUCAACACCAAUUAAUUGAGGCUGUUCUGAGGGCAAGAGGGGGUGCAACUCAAUAUUAGGAAGGUGUUCCUAAUGUUUUUUACACUUAGUGUUUGUAUAUAAUGGUGUGAAAUAGACAGUAUGGACAGUAUAUGAAUAGAAAAGGUGUGUACAGCGGUAGUUCUAUAGGAGGAGCAUUGACUAGAAUACAUUGUGUACAUAUAAAGUGGGUAAAACUGUAUCUAAACAUUAUUAAAGUGACCAUUGUUCAAGGAUUAUGUACGGAGGGCAACAGUCUUUAAGGUGCAGAGUAGAGUACCGGGUGGCAGCCGGCUAGUAACAGUGACUAAGGUUCAUGGCAGGGUACUGGGCGGAGGCCGUGUAGUGGUGACUAUUUAACAGUCUGAUGGUCUGGAGAUUGAAGCUGUUUUUCAGUUUCUCGGUCCCAGCGUUGACGCACCUGUACGGUCUCCGCCUUCUAGAUGGCAGCGGGGUGAACAGGCCGUGGCUCGGGUGGCUGAGGUUCUUGAUGAUCUUCUUUGCCUUCCUGUGACACCAGGUGCUGUAGAUAUUUGGCACUCAUAAAGUUGAUUACCUCAUAGCAUCUUAUCUCAAAUUCAUAAGGGGUCAAUAAGUACAAUACUUAAGCCCUUUGUACAAUGCUUUCUCUGUUAUCUGAUUGAUAGUUGAUAGAGGUGAUGCAUUUUACCAUAUGUAGACAUCAGAUUUCUCUCAGACAAAUUAUGCAUACUUUCAUUGAGUCGUUGUUGCCCCGACUUGAACUAGUCUGAACAUAGAUUUAGCAAUACCAGUGACUUGUGGAUCUAGCCCCUAUAAAACGAUAAUGCCUGGUUGCCAACGCGUCUAUCAUUAUUGAAGGUCAAGACGAGACACCUGAACUGCUGGUGUCUACGAUCAAGCGUUACAUCAAAUGACUUCAUGUGGCACUCAGGAAACAAUCUCAAAGUGAGUCACCGCCGCUUUGGAUCAGAUUAUCAUACCUUUUAACCAUCAAAGCAGAAGAGGUUUGACGGAAAGUAUGCAACCACCGACUCUCACCAACCUGGAUGAAUUGUACCCUGUAGAGACACAUGCUACCAAUUUAGCAUCAUGAAAGACCAUGGUGGGAAGAAGAUAGUUGUUUUUCCCCUGUCCUCUUCCUGGCACUAUAGAACAUUCCAUGAAUGGAGGGUUGAGGGACAAUAGGAUGGGAUUACUAGAGCUGGGCUUUUUUUCAGUGUUGAAGGAAUUUCAAAUGUCCAAAGUAGACUCAUUCUUGUUAGGUGAUGAGCACUUUUUAGUAUGUGGAAUGUAGUUGAGUUCGAAUUCUGCAAAUAGUAUUUACUGCUGAAAGCUGCUGUACAUUUGUAGAAUGUUGUUCUUUAAUUGAAGUUGACAUAUACAUCUCUUUAUUUUCUUCACAGGAUUUUAAGCAACAACAAAAUUCAGGAACUGAAGAAUGGAUCCUUCAUUGGGCUGUCUACUUUGGAAAGAUUGUGAGUCUUAACAUUUUCAUAAUAUUCUCAUGUUUCCUACAAGCUCUGACCAUGGGAUAAUUAAUAAUAAGUGUAAUUUAUGCCUUUCAUCUCAUGUCAAUCGAUAUCUAGAAUCAUGUUUCACUCUCCACAUACUAUUUGACAAGGCACAGCUUCCUUUCAGUAUAAUGUGUGAGAUGAGUCCUAAACCAACCCAAUUACUCAUACUAUAUAUACCAUAGUAAAGCUUGGGGAAGUGCUAUGUUAGACACAAAUGUGCUUUAUUUAUUACAGGCUUGCAAACCUUUUCUAGGGGCAGUAAUGACAGAAUCCAAUCCAAGCUUGUUUCACACAACAGGCAUUUCUUGGUGUUUCAUUUCAGAAGUCAGAACAAUAUCUAGUGAUUGUAAGUGGAGUAAACCAUUAUGCAAUAAGCUAUGAGUUAGGAAGAGAGCCAGAGAACGAGAUAAAAAAUGCAACAACAAAAAGAAGAUACAUGAGGCAGAGAGUAAGAGUGAAAGCUAAAGGGGAGCAAUACAGGGGAGAGGAGAGUAGGCUUGUUGUACUUUCUCUGUCUUCGUGUCAAUAGGCAGCGAAGACAUUUAUUGAGGUGGUGUGCUCUGUCAAUAUUGAAUGUGCGUCGGAACGAUUGAGUGAGCGCGCGGAUAGUUGUUGGAAUCCAUUUGUUGGAGUCUUGUUUUGGAAUCAUAACUCCCGUGUUUCCCCCGAGACUCAGAGGAAAUGCUCUCGGCCCGUGUGUUAUGGACCUCUGGUGAUUUAUUGCUUCGGAAUGGCUUCGUGCAGAUAAAAGAACCAGACCAUUAAUAGCCAAGCUUUUACCCAAGGCUACAAUAACCAAUGACUGUAUCAAUGGGGAAUUUCAAGGGAAUAUUUUCCCAGGUCUUGUUAAAAGGUCCAUGGGAGCCUUUUUUGGCCGCAGUUAGCUAUCUGGUAUUGGUUUAGAAACCAUAGACAGGCGGUUGAAGGUUGUAGAACAAAUGUAUAACUUAAUGUUGGGUCACAGUACGUUUACAUGCACACUAAUAAUUCAAUAUUAAACUGAUUAUGGCAGAAGGUCGAGUAUGGCAUUAGUCAUGUAAACACCUUACUCUGCUUAUCUUAAUCGGCGUAAGGUCAUAAUCGAAGUAAGCAUAUGCCAAUUAAAACACCUGGAUUUCUGAGCAAUCUUUCAAAUUAUUGGGACAUGUAAACAGCUUAAUCAGUGUUCCAACGGCGUAUUUGAUCUGCGCAUGUCCCAGCACUGGGUAGCACAAGCCUCCCUUUUAUGCGAGAGUGAAGUGAGUUUGGAAAAACUGAAGUAUGCAUCUUUUAAAUAGUUUUCACAUACAAACUUUAUAUGUCGGAACUCAGAAUCGAAAAGUCUUCGCAAGAAUAACGUGGUCAAUGUGGUAGAAUGUUUUAUUCUGAUUGGUGAUUUUCUGCAUUUAUUAGAAGUGCCAUCAGUAGCCUGAUUUCAGAUGUGUCGAUGUAAACUGGAUUAUUAGGGAAAUCGUUCUUCUUGCAAAGCAUGUAAACAUUUUAAACUAUUAUAUUAACCUGACUAUCCACAAUAAUCGCAUUAUUGUGUGCAUGUAACCGUACUCAGUGGAAGUUUAAGAGUUGUACCUACAGUAAACAUUCCCACUUGUUGAAGUUCCUCAUCAUGUGAGGCUACAUGUUUAGCUCCAGUCUGUUAGCUUGUUUACCCUCCGUUUGUCUUUCACCCACAAGCACACCUAUCCCUCAUCUGAAUAUGUUAUGAUGCUAUUGACUAGCAGAUCCAUGCUGAUGUAUCUUGAACCAAUGAGAAGACCCAGAAUGACAUCAAAGGUCAAAUAGGGUGUGCUUAUAUUUGUCCUGUUUCACUGCAUGUACAAGUGGAUAUCCCAACUCCCCCUGAGACACCCUUGGAGAGUCGAGUCACAGCCAGGGAUGUACCUAGGCAUUAAUUUGCUUUAGAAUAUCACUGCACUGCAAUGGAUGCAUGUCAUACUCUGUAGUUGCUAUGAGUUAUGCUUGGACCAGCCACAUGCCUGACCUCACCCCGACUACCUUGCCGUAUUAAUAAGACAUCCGCUCCCAGAUUGUUUAUGGAUUUGGGGAGAACUUCCCUCCCGGUUUUUAUAAGUGGGUCAGAUUUUAGACUUUCGGAGUGGAAGGCCGUAAGACUAACUGGAAGUGCUUUCUGACAGUGAGUGUAAGCUUCAUUGAUCCUCCCACGCUGAGGAAGCCUUUAAUUCUCUUCGCUUCAUCUUAAUGCAUAGUAUAUGGCCAGUCGCUUUGGCUGGCGAGUUAAUUCUCUGGGUGGAAGAAGUGUGCAGCCAGUGGCACAUUUACCUCAAAGCAGCUCCCAUUGUGCUUUCCCUCCUCCCCAACCCCCUUUCAUCCCACUCCCUCAUCCAGAGAAGCUCUUUGCUUUGUCAUUCUAAUGAAGCCAAGCUAAGACCAGAGGUGUCGUCAGAAUGAUUCACACACACACAAUGCCAGCCCGGUUGCAUGCUGAAGCGGCCCCUGCUUUUCUUCCCUCCAACUCCCUCCUCCCCUCUCUCUCUCCCUCCCUCUCUCGUCUGACUACAGUCGACAACAAAAAACUAAGAAUUCUGUGCCCUGGUCUGUUUGCAUGCAGUGACGUGCUCUAUCUUCCCUCCUUCCUCCCCUGCUUCCUUCCUUCCUUCCCUCCUUCCUCCCCUGCUUCCUUCCUUCCCUCCUUCCUCCCCUGCUUCCUUCCUUCCCUCCUUCCUCCCCUGCUUCCUUCCUUCCCUCCUUCCUCCCCUGCUUCCUUCCUUCCCUCCUUCCUCCCCUGCUUCCUUCCUUCCUCAGAGCACAGCCAACAAAAUAGGGAUUCUCCUCAGCUUGUGUGCAGUGGUGCGCUCUGUGAUUGGAGCUCAUUGUGAGUGGCAGGCAGGGGGGAAAUUGAUUAGCCCUCUUCAGCCGUGAAAUGGCAGGGUAACUGUGGCGACGGCAGUGUUUUGUUACGGCCAAAGGUGUCCUGGCAUGGAGAUGAGGCCCACUGAAUCCCCAUUAUCACCCUCCUACACAGUAAUAUGAACCCAAGCUAGCCCCUGUCGCACGGUUAUUCUCUCCCAAAGCUGCCACAAAGUCAAUGCAGAGCGAAGGGUUAUUACGAAUGAAGCGGGGAUAAUCUCUUGUUAUUUGGAAAGACUGGAGAGGUAUUGAGUUUCAAGAGGAACCAUUAUGGGGAAUAACUGUCAGUGAGGAAUGCUAGUCUGGGACUGUAUGCAUGUAAGAGAACUGUAAAUAUUGUGUAACUGUAGGUUAUCAACAUUGCAUAAGAUGACAAAGCAAUUACACAAAAUGUAUAAUAUGGGGUGAGACAUUUGUGUUUCUCACUUAAAAAUCUCAAAGUUGAGAGAAGCCUUAUUUGAUCAAUUCUUGUGAUCUGCUAACAAGGAAUCAUCCAUCAUUUUGUUUCAGAAGACAGCCUUGUUUAACAUCAGCAAUUUCUCUUCAUCAACAUAAAUGUUCAUCUUGAAAGCAGCCUUGUGACAGAUUUGGUAGAGUAUACUUGUUAGAAACCUACCAAAUAGACAAUCUGACUUUAAUAUUGCUUGUGGCAAAUGGAAAUUGAAGAAACGUUAUAUUUUCCCCCUUCAGAAUGACAAGGCCAUAAUGUUUAUCAGUAGCUACCGUGCUCUUAUAUUGAACAGCACAUUUGGCAGUUUCUACACCUUUCCAAAAUGGCUGCAGAGGCUUCUACAUAAUCUUUAGUUUAAACUAGACCGAACACAAGGAUAAUUCUGGAACCACCUAAAGCACUCCCAAGGUAAAUUAAUUCAGACUUCAUUAUCCAGUCAUUUCCAUUUUAGAAUGACAAGCAGGCCUAGCGUGUUCUUGCAAAGAGAGUUUAUAGAACUUGAGGCGGAGUUGGGAUACGGCCUACCCCCGACAUUACCCCGACUCGCCCCUCAUGUUAUCCACAAGUUAUUCUGCUUCUCUAAAUAGGAAACUUCAAAUGGUUUUUAUAUUCUGUACUGUUACUGCUAUUUCUGCCAGUAGAGUGCAGAUGCAAAGGUGAUAGUGUUGGAUUUGUAUGAUUUUCCCUUUCCAAUACGUCGAUGCCACCCCUCAAAUUGUAUCUUAGUGACGACUUGACAGUGGGGUACAGCAGAUUGUACUUGGAGCGUCAAUUAAUAGAAAAUAUAGAUCAACCAACUUCUUAAAGCUGGAAUCCGUAAUGGUGAAACGGCCACGUCCGUUUGGGAUAUUACACCAACGAAGAAGUUACUGCCAACAACCAACACUGGAUGCGCGAUAGAACAGAAUAAUAUGUAUUGCACAUCUUCUUUAUCACACUGUGUGACGCUCCUCACCUUGUUCGACAAAAAACAAUAACAAAGGCGGUGGGGCGACCGGUGGCGCUGUUUCCCCUAAUGAGGAUUCCAUCUUUAAACAACUGACACAGAUCGGAAACGGUACCUUUCAGUGACUCGCCUCAAGUAAUCCACCAAACAAAGACCAUUCUUUACCCCCUUCCAAGAAGCCACAGAACUGAUCACGCCAAGCUGUCCGUUUUUUGGAAAACCACAGAACGAACAUUAGGAAAUGCAAUCACAGAGAACUCUGAACUUGAGUUUGAAACGAGUCCAGAACAAUUGUUGGACUCUUUCACCCUUUGCCAGCAUUCCAACACUACUCUUUGAGGAAAUGAAAGGCUCAUUAGAUUGGGAUUGGCUUUGGUGCUUUGACACUGGCCAUUUGACUGGCACUGGCCCAACCAUGGCAUGAUUAAGCCUGAUUAAGCAUGGAUAAAUGUAAAACCCACCUUUUGCCUUGUUGAACACCCUCCCCCAGAGUCUGGACUGCUAUUCUACCACUUGUGAUAUGUUGCCCCUCUCUGUUGAUUUACUAUGGUCAGCAACAUCAAACAGUUGGGUAAAGACCACAGCUAGGGUUGGUGAUGGCAACACUAGCAUUUCAAAGUGAAACUUUUGGAAGGUAUUUAGAGAGGAGAACAGAAUUGGCUAUAGAGAAAUUAGUAGGGGAAAAAGUACCAUUUCGGCACAGUAAGCAAGUACAAAGAUCCUCCCUUCCUAGCCUCUUGCAGGUGGUCGAAGGCACUCUGUGCUCUAUUUGUGCCUUGCAUUUCAAAGAUAAUAAUUUUUUCGCCCUCCCCCUUUUCCAUUUUUCUUUCAACACCCCUCUACAGGAAAGCCAAUUCUGCCAGUUCACAUCAAAAGCAAUAGCUAGACUGUGUAGCCCUGCCUCCCAAUCCCCCCACCAUUUUCCUCAUGACAGCUCCUCAACAUCAAACAGCCCAGCCACAGUUACCCAGCGGCCUUUGUGUGGAGGCUCAGGUGGCGACCCGCAAGGUCUUUUGAAACAUGGAUUGUAAUGAGUGACUCUGCAGUGGCGGCGCGGGUGAGCGCUAGGCGCUAGCAGGGAUCUGUGACCGUUCGACCUUUGAACUUGGUCCAGGAUGGAGCGUGGCGGGGUCCUUUGUGUGUGGGCACCCACGGCUGUCAGCAAUGGUGCUGAGGAGGCCUGAUUGAUGGGGGGGGGGGGGGGGGGGUCUCGUGCGCUAGCCACAGGUGUCUGAGUGGGUGAGAGUCCCACGGGAUAUGGGAGGAUUGUUGGCCAUUUGGUUCUACUGUAACGAAGUACCAUAGAACCAGGGGUUAAUGGGGUGAGCAGCAGUGGGAUUUCAGUCAUGCAUUCUCCUAAAAAUUUUGCUAAAAGCUGGCUCUUGGAUGGCCUCCCGAGUGGCGCAGCGGUCUAAGGCACUGCAUCGCAGUGCUAGAGGCGUCACUACAAAUCUGGGUUCGAUCCCAAUAGUACUGUUUGUCCAUUUUUAGAUGCCGUAGCCAGUAUAUGCUUCCUCAAAAUAGUCAUCAUUAAUCUAAAAUAACUCAAGAAAUCUGUCAUUUAAUUUUGACGUUUUUGUCGAGGAGAUCUUAGUCGCACAAUUUUUCUUCUAAAUAAGAUGUUUGGUGAAGUAUUUCUCAAUGAAAAAAUGUGCAUGAAAACGAGUAAUCUCUCAUUGAAUGACAACAAAGACUUUAUUGAAGAAUCCCUACUGUUGACCAAUCACCGACGAAGGGGCGUAGACUUCGGCUUGCCUCUCGAAAAAAAAUGGUGUGCCCGUCACAAAAUGUAAUCAUAAUAUAUGCACAAACUGUUUCAGCUGGGAAGCAUGCGGACGCCUUUAGUCUCUUAGAACUGGUCUCUGAAUGUACAAAGCACUUAUAUUAACAGUAGCCCUAUUUAUUUGAUCAGUCCAUCAGGGAAUAUGAAUCAACCCUUUCUAAUGUUUGUUAUAAGAUGCGUAGAAUAUGAUUUAUUGCUCAUUAGGGAGUGGUAUUGUUGGAUGAAGUUGGUUGCAAGUAUUCGUAAUAUCUGAUUGCAUUAUGACACGAACAAGACUAGAAGUAUUAAUUGUUGUGUACUUGAUGUUAAGUUUGUCUUUAUUUUCUUGUGGCUAACCCUCUUUUUGUCUUUCACAGGGACAUGCGGAACAACAUCAUCAGCCGUAUCGAACCGGGGGCUUUUCUUGGACUGCUCGCACUCAAAAGACUGUGAGCAUUAUCAGUAUUCCCAUCAGCAUUAAAUCAUUUUAAUUUUAGUAAAAUAUGUCAAUUUCUUGGCAGAUGCUAUAAUGUGUAGGUCUUGGACGACAGCCAGCAAGAGUCAUCGGCUGAACAGUUUCAAACCUGUGUCUAAACCAAGCUCUUUUACUCAACGUCAGAUUUCUUUCACAGAAUCCAAUUCACACCAUUUCCAAUACUGUUAGAGAAGAGAAAGAGAUGGGUAUUAUGAAAAGAGAAAUACCUACACACGGUUGUAUAUGUUCCCACGUCGCAACAUUUUGACCGAUGUUGGCCCUAUCUGUUGUAUCUGGUAUAGAGGCUAUUGCCAACUCUCUGGGUCUAGUGUAUCCAGUCUAUAAGUGACUGCUGUAAAGCAGCUUUCUAUUAAGUUCUCCAGUCCACUUGGGCCCUUGCCAGGGACUGCUCGAGACUGCAUGAGGCCCUAUCUACUUUCACACAUACAAGGAAAAGGGGGAUGGGUGUGUACUCGGUAAUGUGUGUGUGUUAGAGAGAGUGUUCGAGUGUGUUUGUGUCUGUGCACGCUUCUGUGUGUGUGUGUGUGCGAGUGUGCGCCUGUAUGAGUGCAUGUGUAUUGGGAUCAUCUCACACUGGCCGGUCCUUGCCAACAUAAACUAGAGUUUGGCUGCUGGUGCGGAGCAGUGAGUGAGACGGGAAGGUUGUCAACUCCUUGGCUUGGACAGAGCUUCAUUUCCCCUUGUCAAGCCUCAGCCAUUUUACAACCAACAGUGUAACUAUAUUCUCUAAACCUAUAGCUAUAUUUCCCUUAUCUAACCUAUAUCAUUCAGCCAACAGCUAUUUCAUCUUGAAUGGGCCUAUAUAACACAAUGUCAAAGUUGGGUUGGAAUUAAAUGAAUUGAUCAGAAACACUGGAUAUCCACUGAUAUAAAUUCAUCAAUAUAAUGUGUUUCUGUUCAGAACGACACAGCAGUCUUUUCACAAAAUUAAACGUGUUUGGCAGUGGAUAUAUAUUGCACAGACAGCUUGUCAGGUUGUUAAAUCAUUCAUUUGAUUGGUCUCUGGCUGCAUCUCCAAUAUAUCGCUUACACUUCAACCUAUUUCUCAACUAGCGAAGGUGCAAAAAAGAGUAGGAGAGGUAAAAAGUAUUGGGCUUUGUGCUGUAGACAGAAGCCCCGUUGCAACUUCUGGCACGCAGUCCGCAUACCCUCCUGCCUGCCCUCCACUGGGCUUCUGGAAAAGGGUGAUGGAGUUAAUUGACACGCUCCCUUUCUAUUCUAAUGCAGUUGGUAGCAAAGGCUCCUGACAAAGACUUGCAGUGCUGUCUCUCUCUCUCUCACACACACACACAGCCCCAAUCUUAAAUGUCUCCCAUCUGUUCUUAUACAUCUCUUCAAGACCCUAAUUAAAUGUUUGCUUGUUUUUAAGACAUGCCACUCGCUAGCGGCUAGGCCAAACCGAGGCUGCCUGCCUCUUUUACCCAUAUUGUUUUCGUGAAGAAACAUACAUGUUCAAUGCACGCUACAAUGCAUUACUUCACCCCUUUCAUUGUCAUCAUUUGUAAUCAAAACUUAGUUAGGUCAAAGUCCACUUUAUAUUCCAGUGUACAUUGUUAGGAAAUGUUAUAGCCUAUUUCAAACCAGGGCUCUUACAGCACAACAGAUAUGCAACUGAUACACUCCCACUUUAGUAAAUAAAUAUCAGAGCUAACACAACAUGACUGCAAUGUUUGCAGGGUAGCUUAGCUUUGCUUUUAGGUUGGCGCCUGGACUCUUCAUGGGACAAACAUCUGAUCCGGUGUCAGUCAGACGGUGCCUGUCUCAGCUGUUAGGGGCUGGCUGGCUAGGGGUGGGGGGGAGUAGAUACCCUGGGAGGAGAGAGCCCCAGGGAAUGCUAGUUCCAACACUGUUGUAACACCUGAUACAUCUAGUCAAGAUCCUGGUGAACAGCAAGUAGUAGACUCAGUGCUGUGUCGAUAUAUCAGCAAACUGCAUACGUUGGCAAUAUAGUCAAAUGACACCUAUGACAUGACAAGGCUCGUUUGUGCUGGAUGAGUUAAGAGCCACCCAUUCAAGUGACUCCGGGGUGAAGUUUCCCCCGGGUACAGAUGUAGGAUCAACUCCCCCUCCCCCAACCCUGAUAUGAACCAUUAGUGGGGAAACUGACCCAAGAUCAGCGUCUAGGGGAAACUUCACCCUACAACUCCUCCUCUUCCCUACUGGCCUCUCCAGGGCCUUACCACCCAGCAGCAGCCUCAACAUUCCACCAACAGCUGAACAGUCACUGACCCUGCCUUGUUACUUACACACCAGGCUAUUUUAGCAUCUGCUCAUAUCAUAACAGACAGCUUGCUCUGGGUCUGCCUAGCUGUAAUGUUGAGCUCUGCUGCUACUUUAGUGGACAGACUACAAGUUCAUGGACAGGUUUUAUGAUUUGAAGUACUGUAAAACCAAGAUCCUUGUGAGUGUGACACACAGCCCUGAAGCGACGUUAUAGUGGGGGGAAAAAUUGGCAAGGACAUAAAGUCUUCAAUUGUCAUUUAAAAUAUUGUUGGAAAUCAUUGGACAUGAUGUUGCUAUGAUGACACAAGCAACAACAAUGUCAUUUUUGAGAGGCAUAGCAGAUGUUUUCUCCUUAUGUGGGCUGCUUUGACAUCACACUACAUUUUCCCAACUGCGAGAGCACAGCACCAUGUCUAGUGAUAUGGCAUGGCAGCAUUGGCAGGACAGGAGUUUAUCCCUUUAGCUAAGGAAGUACCCCCCCCCCCCCCCCCCCCCCACUAGGUGAUCCUCCUCAGACACAGGAUGCCAGCACGACUUCUUGGCAGCCCCCGAAAGGUUUUUCCAGGCCAGGCGGAACUAACCACCUCAAACAGUAAAUUCCCCAGCUGCCACCCUCCCUAGGACCCACAACAAUAAUUAGACCAACACCAGGAUGUUUACGUGAUGUGCUCCACACUUAUUUUCUAAGAUUUUGACAAAAAGUGUUGCUAGUGCUGUGAUGUUUGCUAGUGCAAUGCUGCUGCCAUGGCAUUAGGCCUUGGGUUAGGGUUGUAGCAAUGAUGCUGCCCUGGCAUUAGGCCUUGGGUUAGGGUUGUAGCAAUGAUGCUGCCCUGGCAUUAGACCUUGAUACUGUAAAUGUGCGUUAACCUUAUAUGGACGAUGCCAUCGUACGGAUGAUGUCAUCGACAUUAUCAUGCUCGUAACAUGUACUGGUGUUACACUUUAGUCAUUGGUUUACGUUUGAGUUAUUAAGCAGAUGCUAUUUUAUCAUUUACAUUUACAUUAUUUAGCAGACACUCUUAUCCAGAGCGAUUUAGAAAUUGGUGCAUUCAACUUAUGAUAGCCAGUGGGACAACCACUUUAUUUUUUAUUUUUUUGUGGGGGAAGAAGGAUUACUUUAUACUAUUCCAGGUAUUCCUUAAAGAAGUGUCUCCGGAAGGUGGUCAGUGACUCCGCUGUCCUGGCGUCGUGGGGGAGCUUGUUCCACCAUUGGGGUGCCAGAGCAGCGAAUAGCUUUGACUGGGCUGAGCGGGAACUGUGCUUCCGUAGAGGUAGGGGAGCUAGCAGGCCAGAGGUGGAUGAACGUAGUGCCCUCGUUUGGGUGUAGGGUCUGAUCAGAGCCUGAAGGUAAGGAGGUGCCGUUCCCCUCACAGCUCCGUAGGCAAGCACCAUGGUCAUAUAGUAGAUGCGAGCCUCAACUAGAAGCCAGUGGAGUGUGCGGAGGAGCGGGGUGACAUGAGAGAACUUGGGAAGGUUGAACACCAGACGGGCUGCAGCAUUCUGGAUAAGUUGUAGGGGUUUAAUGGCACAGGCAGGGAGCCCAGCCAACAGCGAGUUGCAGUAAUCCUUACAGGAGAUGACAAGUGCCUGGAUUAGGACCUGUGCCGCUUUCUGUGUAAGGUAGGGUCAUACUCUGCGAAUGUUGUAGAGCAUGAACCUGCAGGAUCGGGUCACCGCUUUGACGUUAGCGGAGAACGACAGGGUGUUGUCCAGGGUCACGCCAAGGUUCCUUGCACAUCCCGCUGUAACUGCUUGCAUAUACACCCACAACCUUGAUUUUAUACACCCACCGCGUUACUUUUAUUCACGGGGGCAUGUUUUUGUAAUGGCUGUUUCGAAUUCCCUGCCUACCUCAUUUCUUCUAGUUUGACUUUGUAUCUUUGAGUUGAACAAAAUCAUAUUUUCGGAAUGUUGUCUAAAAACAAUCUUCGCCCAAACAUGGUUUCUUUACAAAGGACCUCCAGGUCAUAGAUAAUGCUACCUGACGUUUGCCAGAGUCCCGGCGAAAAAGACACUUAGAUGUGUAUGACAUACAUCAUAAGAGAUGAAUCUUGACUAGUUUAGUGUGUUACACAAGCUUUGAUGUGGAAACCCCCUCUGGGCGAACAUAGACAUCUCAAAUCACCUUGAAAGUUGUAAAACUGACACCUUAAUUUUUUUUUAUCCCUGCCUCUGCCCCAACUUGUCUGUCAGGGAAUGACAACACCAGUCUAGUUGACAGUGUUCCCCAUUUUUGAUUUGUUGACCUAAAACGUGGAUUUAUUAGAAUUCGCUGAUUCACCACAUGAAGUCAAUUGACUCUAGUCGUAUGUAUAUCAUGUUGUUUGUACAAUUUGCGAUGGCCUAUGAUGUUUCUAAAAAUAUUGCUGCUGUUUGACUUGAGGAAAUCAGGACAGAAUAUAACCAGAAUCUCCAUUUGUUUUGCUUUCUACAGAGACCUGUCCAACAACCGCAUUGGCUGCCUCAACGUGGACAUAUUCAAGGGCCUCACAAGUCUGGUUCGACUGUAAGUAAUAGUUAUUUUUGAUUUGCUUUGAAAGCCGUUCACUUUUUUCUCUAUCCAUCUUUAAAAAUUACUUUCAAAAUUAUGCCAUAAGUUCUUGAUAAGGACAUUCACGUGAAAGUUACAUAUUUGGCUCCAGCGCCCCAAUAGUAUUUGCCCUGCUCUGAACACCAGAAAAUGGUGGCAGCCAGGUGUUGAGAUAUUAGCAUAUUACCCAGGGUUCCCCCACAGGUCUCAGUGCAACAGCUGCAACACAUUAUUCCAUGUCCUCUUCCCACAAUGCAAAGGUGAGGAUUAAGAUAUUCCUGGACAUCUCGGUGGAGUAACCAAUGACAGGUUGUGUUUGGGUCCUGAUUGUGUGAUGUGACAGGUUGGCAUACUUGAUGAAUUUGUUAUAGGUGAUUGAUAGCCUUCGUCUUGUCUUUUCAGAAACCUUUCAGGAAACAUGUUUUCAUCACUAGCCCAAGGGACGUUUGACAGCUUGGUGUCGUUGAAGACAUUGUAAGUAUGAUUUAGGGUUUAAGGAAAUAAAUGCUAUCCCAUGGGUCUCUGUAGCAGUUUACAGUGUUUUUACUGGGCUAUUUAAAAAUGGUAGGGCUACACCAUUCUUCAGGCAGCCACUUAAAGGUGGAAUCUUUAACUUUUAUUUCCCAGUUGGCAACUCAAGGUACUACAAAUACAUUACAAAACAAAGAAUCAAAUGAUUCCAUCUGCCAAAACCCUCAACCUCAGUUUCCAAACUGCUUCAUAGGGCUAGUGCUUUUGACUGGAAAUGAAACUUAAAGGGGCACUUUACCACUUUUUUACCACUAUUUAUUAUCUCUACAGAGGUCUCAAACAGUAAUUUAAUGUGUUAUGUAGUCAAAAAGAUGAGAAGAAACGGUCCUAAGAAAAUGACUCUCUACGAUGUCAUCGGGAGUGUUGACCUGCCCCUUUAACUCUGUGUCUGUCUCCAUGUUACCUCAGGGAGUUCCAGACGCCGUACCUGCUGUGCGACUGCAACCUGCUGUGGCUGCUGCACUGGAUCAAAGACAACAACGUGGGGGUGAAGGACACCAGCUGCUCCUACCCCCGCUCCCUGCAGGGCCAGCUCAUCACCUCCACCAAGCCUGAACUAUUCACCUGUGGUAAGGAUACACACACACACACACACACACACACACACACACACACACACACCUGGUCCUACACUUACUCAUCAGCCCUUAAGCUCCAGAUACAGAAACACACACAGAGAACACUACACACAGGCACGCACCAAUGCACGUGCACACACACACACACACAAACAAACUCACACACUCACCUCACCUUCAUCAAACCUAAGUUUUGUCAGAACACAAUCCCAAACACACACACACACGCUACUCCCCCACACCAUACAUCACCUUGCUCAAACCAGAGCUCCUAGUAAGAGGCUAACUUUUGAUGUAUAAACACAUACAUUUUCAAACUCUUGCUCAGUCACAUUCAGCCACACUCACACACCUGAUCUCCUCACUUCGACCUCACGGGAAACACACUCUCACAAGCAGUCUUUGGCCUGCUGCCCUCCAAGACGCAUUCUCAGACAGGACAGAUAUACAGUAUAGAUGUACGUAACACCUCUUUAUCCCCACUCCAUAGUAGUGAGUUUGGUUCUGUACUCUGUUUUGUGUUGCUGGUGUUAUUGGGAAUGGGAGUUGUCCAAUGGCACAGGCGAUAAGGAAAGGGCCAGCAGUACGGAGCAGUACAGCGUUUGUUUGUGCUUGCCGUGUCUUAUCAGUUUGGCACUCUUCACUGCAUGGGUUAGGACAUACGUGGCACAGCUUUCACAAGUAGAGACACAUGACCUGAGUGAUGAAUAGGACCAACAUUUGCCUAUUGAGGGGAUCCCCACAGGAGAUUAAUAAAGUUGUGUUGAAUUGAAUUAACCCCAUCCUGUCCGCUAGAUAUGAGUAUAUGCACACACAUACUCACCUAUAGUCAUGUACACGCACACACCAAACUAUAAAAGUGGGACACAAAUGCCCUAAAUGUAACCCUGUCCUCCCAAGACGCACCCCUGGAGCUGCCCUCCUUCCAACUGACGCCAUCCCAGCGUCAGAUCGUGUUCCAGGGCGACAGCCUGCCCUUCCAGUGCCAGGCCUCGUUCGUGGCGGAGGACAUGCAGGUACUGUGGUACCAGGACGGCCGCAUGGUGGAACCCGACGCAGCCCAGGGCAUCUUCAUUGAGAAGAGCAUGGUACAGAACUGCUCCCUCAUCGCUAGGUAAGAUGAAUACCAUCUGGUUCCUCUCCGUUUCUUUCUUCCAGGGAGUUUCUUCUUGCCACUGUGCUUCUGCUAUUUGCUCACUGUGCAGCUGUUUGCACUUUGUGACAAAUGCUGUUGAAAAAAGGGCAGUGUAAACAAAAUUUGAUUGAUUGAUACCAUGAAGUUCAAGCGGCCUCCUUAGCACAGUAGUGUGUGAAACCAUGGUAUAUGCAUUUCUAAAAAAGGAAUGUGGUCAGCACUGAGGAAAUCCUGUGUAUGACUCCUAUGUUACAGUAAAAGGCCAAAGCUACUGUUUGGCAGUAAUAUUUUAUGUCACUGUUGUUCCCUCUAUGUUCUGUCAGUGCGUUGACCAUCUCCAACAUCCAGCCUGGUUCUACGGGAAACUGGGAGUGUCGUGUGAGGACCAGCCGCGGGAACACCACGCGUACCGUCCACAUUGUGGUUCUGGAGAGCUCUGCCAAGUACUGCCCACCCGACAGGGUGUCCAACAACAAGGGAGACUUCAGGUGAGCGGGGGGAUAUGUUCAUUGUCACAGACCAGGUUGAUAUCAGUCAGUAUCUGUUAGAUAAAUAUUUUAGGUAAAAGUUGUACUUUUAUUAAUCUAUUGGUUUGAUCUAAUCUAAUAUUGGUUUGAUCUAAUCUCCACCAUGUGGUUUAAUCUCAUCUAUUGUUUUAUGUAAGCAGGUAGGUAUACACUGACUUGUGUAAUUUGAAUAGACUUGUUUAGGCUGUUUAAAUUUGUGUCAGUUGUUUGUGGAACAAGCUUGGCUCUGUGGCACCUCCUAGUGGCUGAAUAUCAGACUUUUAAUUGUAGUUAUAUCUAGGUCGUAUCCACUAGGCACCAAAUGGAAGAAAACUGACUGAAACAGGGAAGGACUAAUGUGAACUUGUCCAAUAAGAAAUGCUUGUUUUGAUUGCUGGAUAUUUUCAAUUUGUAAAAUUGUAGUUGUCUAAAAGCAUCUAAUCCAUUGAGUAAAUCGUAGCACAGGGCUGGAAUAAAAGCUUUCCACAGUUUUAGAUGAUGAUGUAGAGCACCAGUAAGUGGCAGCUGUUGUGGCUAAAUAAUCACAUGAUGUUCGUGGAACAUACCACGUGACUCAUGCUAACUACACUGUGGCAUAACCACCCUUCUUUUUGUCACUAAUUCUAUCUCUCUAUAACUGGUUUGCUGGGAGGAAGACUCUUGACAAUAAACGUCAACCUGGCACAUCUAUUAAGCACUUCAUCAAUCUUAGGGGGAUUCUGGCAUUUUGCUAGCUGAACAAAUUCUCUCUGUCUGUCUCUCGCUCUCUCUCUCCCCUCCGCCUGUCUCUCUCUCUCUCUCUCUCUGAUCUCCAUCUGUCUCUCCUCUGUCUGUCUCUCUCUCUCUCUCUCUCUCUCUCUCUCUCUCUCUCUCUCUCUCUCUCUCUCUCUUUCUCCCCCCCUCUCUCUCUUUUCCUCUCCCCCUCCACUCAGAUGGCCUCGUACCCUGGCGGGCAUCACAGCCUUCAUGCCCUGCAACAAGCUGGCGUCGGGCGCAGGAAUCUACUCGGGCUCGGUGGGUGACGAGCGGCGGGCAUGGCGUCGCUGUGACCGCGGGGGCCUGUGGGCCGAGGACGACUACUCCCGCUGCCAGUACCAGAAGGACGUCACCCGCGUCCUCUACAUCAUCAACCAGGUGACCAUGGCACUCUGUCUGCCCAUGUUUGAUUUGCUCUCGUUGUCUGUCUGUGUUGUCUUUCUCGAUCUCCUCUUGUUUUCUUUCUACAACUUAUUAUAUUUUUCCUCAUCUUUGUUUGUUUUCAUCUUUCAAGUCUUUGCUCUUGGUCUGUUCUUUUUAUCUCUUUCUUCUGCCAGUGUUUUUAUUAUUUUCACUCACAUUUCCUCUUGAUGCUUUCACCCUUGUGUACAGUCCUUUUAAAUUUCUCUCUCUCUCUCUCUCUCUGUCUCUGUCUGUGUCUGUCUGUCUGUCUGUCUGUCUGUCUGUCUGUCUGUCUGUCUGUCUGUGUUCUAGAUGCCUCUGAACAUGACCAACGCAGUGAUCACGGCCCGCCAGCUGCUCGUCUACACAGUGGAGGCCGCCAACUUCUCCGAUAAGAUGGACGUCAUCUUCGUGGCUGAGAUGAUCGAGAAGUUUGGCAAGUUUGCUGAGAAAUACAAGGAGGUGAGUCCCACUUCCAUCUCACAGGCUCACCUUGUAUCUCAUUUAGGGAUGAAUAAGACGCACGCAUUUGCAUAUAAAGACACACACACACACAUACAGUGCCUUGCAAAAGUAUUCAUCCCCCUUGGCGUUUUUCCUAUUGUGUUGCAUUACAACCUGUAAUUUUAAAUUUAUUUUUAUUUGGAUUUCAUGUAAUGGACAUACACAAAAUAGUCCAAAUUGGUGAAGUGAAAUGAAAAAAAAAAACUUGUUUCAAAAAAUUCUAAAAAAUAAAUAACCGAAAAGUGGUGCGUGCAUAUGUAUUCACCCCCUUUGCUAUGAAGCCCUUAAAUAAGAUCUGGUGCAACCAAUUACCUUCAGAAGUCACAUAAUUAGUUAAAUAAAUUCCACCUGUGUGCAAUCUAAGUGUCACAUGAUCUGUCACCUGAUCUCAGUGUAUAUAUACACCUGUUAGGCCCCAGUCUGCAACACCAUUAAGCAAGGGGCACCACCAAGCAAGCUGCACCAUGAAGACCAAGGUGGUCUCCAAACAGGUCAGGGACAAAGUUGUGGACAAGUACAGAUCAGGGUUGGGUUAUUAAAAAAUAUGAGAAACUUUGAACAUCCCACGGAGCACCAUUAAAUCCAUUAUUACAAAAUUGAGAGAAUAUAGCACCACAACAAACCUGCCAAGAGAGGGCCGCCCACCAAAACUCACAGACCAGGCAAGGAGGGUAUUAAUCAGAGAGGCAACAAAGUGACCAAAGAUAACCCUGAAGGAGCUGCAAAGCUCCACAGCGGAGAUUGGAGCAUCUGUCCAUAGGACCACUUUAAGCCGUACACUCCACAGAGCUGGGCUUUAUGGAAGAGUGGCCAGAAAAAAGCCAUUGCUUAAAGAAAAAAAUAAGCAAACACGUUUGGUGUUCGCCAAAAGGCAUGUGGGAGACUCCCCAAACAUAUGGAAGAAGGAACUCUGGUCAGAUGAGACUCAAAUUGAGCAUUUUGGCCAUCAAGGAAAACGCUAUGUCUGGCGCAAACCCAACACCUCUCAUCACCCCGAGAACACCAUCCCCACAGUGAAGCAUGGUGGUGGCAGCAGCAUGCUGUGGGGAUGUUUUUCAUCGGCAGGGACUGGGAAACUGGUCAGAAUUGAAGGAAUGAUGGAUGGCGCUAAAUACAGGGAAAUUCUUGAGGGAAACCUGUUUCAGUCUUCCAGGGAUUUGAGACUGGGACGGAGGUUCGCCUUCCAGCAGGACAAUGACCCUAAGCAUACUGCUAAAGCAACACUUGAGUGGUUUAAGGGGAAACAUUUAAAUGUCUUGGAAUGGCAUAGUCAAAGCCCAGACCUCAAUCCAAUUGAGAAUCUGUGGUAUGACUUAAAGAUUGCUGUACACCAGCGGAACUCAUCCAACUUGAAGGAGUUGGAGCAGUUUUGCCUUGAAGAAUGGGCAAAUAUCCCAGUGGUCAGAUGUGCCAAGCUUAUAGAGACAUACCCCAAGAGACUUGCAGCUGUAAUUGCUGCAAAAGGUGGCUCUACAAAGUAUUGACUUUAGGGGGGUGAAUAGUUAUGCACGCUCAAGUUUUCUGUUUUUUUGUCUCAUGUCUUUGUUUUACAAUAACAAAUAUUUUGCAUGUUCAAAGUGGUAGGCAUGUUGUGUAAAUCAAAUGAUACAAACCCACCCAAAAUCAAUUUUAAUUCCAGGUUGUAAGGCAACAAAAUAGGAAAAAUGCCAAGUGGGGUGAAUACUUUCAAGCCACUGUACACACACACAGAGGAUAGUAACACAUGCACGAUGAGGUGACUCUGCAGGCAUAGGUGUAAUGAGAAGAAAUUGGGUCACUUUAAGUCGAACUACUGUAGAUAAUAGUUUGUCAGUGUGUGUUUACUGUGUUCAAGUGAAUGCUCCCACAUUGCUUCUGAGUGCAAGUGACAGUGUGAAUCCUCAACUUACUGUAUGCCUUUCAAUCUUACUCCUGAUAUUUGGGGCUUUUUCCAUUGAUGUUAUAACUACGUUCCUCAUAGUUGAGACAAAGCAACCCUGUCCUGUUUAAAUCCACAGAGGAAUCAGAAUGAGAGCGGAUAAGAUAGGAUCUGGAAUGAGGGAUUUUUCCUGUGGGUGAUUUGAGCUGUGGGGGAUGGCAGAGCAAGGCCGGGUCAGGUUUCUUUGCCUGUUGGGUUUCCGUUGGGAAGGCUUUCAGUGGCGCACCUGGUUGAGACCUGUGCCCUCAGUCAGCACCAAAGCCUCAAAAUAAUUUUAUUUCCACAGUGAUGAUAAUAACAUUGUUAUUGUUUUCGAUUGAUAUGGCUGGUGUAUGCAUGUGCCUGUCUGUGGCCCUGCAUGUAUGUGCAGGUAACUGUUAGCGUGUAGUUAUGUUGUUUCUUGGUGUGUGUUAACCCUGUUCUCUCUCUCUCUGUCUCAGUUGGGGGACGUGAUGGUGGACAUCUCCAGUAACCUGAUGCUGGCUGAUGAGCGGGUGCUGUGGAUGGCUCAGCGCGAGGCCAGGGCCUGCUCCCGCAUCGUGGAGUGUCUCCAGAGGAUCGCUGUACACCGCCUAGCUAGCACAGCCCAGACCUACUCCACCGUAAGAUCACAGUAAAUCAUGAGAUCACAGUAUAUAAUGUCCUAUUACAACUCUAUGGACCAAAUCCUGAACAGCAUUGAGGCAUUAAUGCGUUGAUGUCAUUGGGAGAUGCACAUGAAGUUGGACCACUGUCUGUAGAUCUGUGUGUGUGUGUGUGUGUUACACUAUUUUUGAAUUUAAAAACCUGUCCUAUCUUAUUGUUCUUCAUUUCGCCUUGUGUAUUAUUUUUCUCUAUUUCCUAUUAUUUGUUCCCAGAAUUCCCAUAAUAUCGCUCUGGAGGCCCACGCCAUCAAGGCGAGCAGCUUCAACGGCAUGACCUGCACACUGUUCCAGAAGCUGAUGCCUGAACGUGGCGGGCUCAGAGACCUGGGCCCACGCAUAGACCUAGAUGGCAACCCUGACCGCCAGCUCAGCUUCAAGUGUAAUGUCACCAGCACCCUGUCCAGCCUCGCUCUUAAGGUCAGUACCCAGGAAUGUCCAUAAGGGAGUCAAUCACAAAGUGCUUAUAAAGUAACACAGCCUAGACUGCAAAGAGCAAGCAGCAGCAGUCAUGUUCAUUGUAACAGGCCUAAUGAAGGCAUCUGCAUACUAAGUUCGAUUUGCUCCUAGCAGAACUCGGCUAGGCGAAGUGAACUCCCUUAAAAGACCUUCGCUUGAAAAACUAGUACUGUUUGUCCAUCUUGAGACGCCGUAGCCAUUAUACACUUCCUCAAAAUAGUCAGAAUUAAUCUAAAAUAACACAAGAAAUCUGUCAUUAAUUUUGAUGUUUUUGCUUAGUCGCGUAUUUUUACAUCUAACUAAUCUGUUUGGUGCACUAUUUCUCAAGUGAAACAAUUUGCAUGAAAAUUAGUCGUCUCUCGUUGAAUGACAACAAACACUUAAUUGAAGAAUCCUAUGUUUACCAAUCACCGACAAAGGGGCGUAGACUUUGGCUACCAAACUUCGGCUUUCCUUGAGAAAAUGUUUUGUGUGCACGAACAGCUGAAAAAAAACCUUACCGAAGACCAAAACGUCACAAAAUUUGUCAUAAUAUAUGCCCAAACUGUUUCAGAUGGGAAACAUGCAGACGUCUUUAAUGAGGUGCAUUGUCAUGUGACGUUCACCCAUAACACACAUUAAAACAAUGAACUGUAAGAUAAAGCGUUACCCAGAAUUCCACAAUUAUACUGUACACUCAAUCAUCAUUUUCAUCUCAAUGGGACUCACCUGUAUAAAUAAAGUAUAAAUGAAAUUAUAGAAUAGAAUCACCUCUCUUUCUCUCCUCAGAACACCAUAGUGGAGGCGUCCCUGCAGCUCCCGCCCUCUCUGUUCUCCCAGUACUCUGUCCCUGGCCAGGCCGGCGACAACGUCUACAAGCUCCACCUGCUGGCCUUCCGCAACGGCAAGCUCUUCCCCUCCACGGGCAACUCCACCCUUCUGGCCGACGGGGGAAAGAGGAGGAACGUGGCCACCCCCGUGCUCCUGGCCAAGAUAGGUGAGUCCGACAUGGACCUUACUGUACCACUAAAGUAUUAGAUGGUUUUGUUCAAGAUGUUGUUGCGACUUAUUUUAAUAGUGAAUUUUACGGUAUGGGCACCAUAAAUUAUAUUAGGAGGAAUAGAUCUUGAUUUAAGCUUGCAAAGACUUGAUUUAGGAUCCCAUCUGUAAUUUUACAUUUUAUAAUGUACGAAAAAGCUUAAGAAGUUUAGUUGUAUGUAGUGAAAAUGUGUGGCCAUUAUAUUCUCUAUCAAUUACGUGCGAAAUGGCAAUAUGUUUUUUGUUACAGCAGAUUUUAGAAAAUGUUGCGCAAAAAGGAUUGAUAGAUGCAUAAAGAUAAGAACCAGGACAUGUUUUGACAUUCAAGACUAACGCCUCUCUCUCUCUCUCUCUCUCUCUCUCUGGUCAGAUGGUUUCCCACUGCGCGGCCUGCGGAUGCCGGUGAACGCCACGCUGCGGAGGUUUGCCCGCGGCACCGACGCUGUGCCCGCCUGCUGGAACUUCAGCCUGCUGGGCGGGCAGGGCGGUUGGCAGAACGAGGGCUGCCGUCUCCUGGGCCACCACGACAACUUCACCACGCUCUCCUGCGACUCGCUCAGCAACUAUGCCCUGCUCAUGGUGAGUGGCCAGGGGGUUCCUGGCCUUUAAACUCAAUGAACAAAUGUGACAACAUAAGGUUGUUUGUUCCCAACAAGGGCUAUUUUCCUCAGGAAAUGUAGUCAGCUUCUUGUUUUAUUUUCUUGCCAUGAUACUUCUGAGUAUUAGGAUAGUAAUAUCAUGACAGCCUUACUUUUUUCGAGACAUUAGCCUUUUCCCCCAUCUGUUUGGGUUCACACUUUCUAUAGACACUUCCUGUUUAGUUUUGGCUCAACCACAUGACAGUCUCCUGAAUAGGCGAAAUCGGCGUCUUUCAUCAGGGUUAAUUUGUUAUUGUAUGGCACAUUGUCAUAAGUGAUGACAUUUUAACAUGCUAUGUGUAUCCCAAAGGAUCUUACUGGGGUGGAGUAUUUCUCUCCCAGCAUUGAGCCUCUCCACCCAGUCAUCUACGCCACAGCUAUCGUCCUGCUGCUCUGUCUACUGAUUAUCAUCAUCAGCUACAUAUACCACCACAGGUAACAGCUCUACCUGCAUACUCAUCCUGCUAGUAGAAUUAGUACAGUGUAUACCAGGUGUAUAAGAUACCAAGUACCCAUCUUACUAGUAGUACGGUGUCUAAUACAGUGUUUAUUACCAAAUGGUGGACUGUGACUCGCUUUUCGGUCGCAGCAUAAGAUUUGAGGCCAGAAUGUUUCUUAUUGGUUGGGUCACAAUGCAAAGAAGUUUGAGAACCAAUACUGUCCAGUCUCCAGUAAGAUUUUCACCACUCCACAAGCGCAUCUCUACCACUCCAACUCGUUCAAAAUAACAACAAAGAUUUUGAAUUAAUCAAACGUACGAAUAGCUACUAUAUUCUAUGACAAAUAGCUAUUAUAUUUUAUUCCCUGAGCUCAGCAUUUAUUUGCUGAAUCUCACCAUGUCAAUUCUGCAUGGUUGUGUGUCCAGGUCUGUCCGGAUCAGCCGUAAGUACUGGCACAUGCUGGUCAACCUCUGCCUCCACAUCUUCCUCACCUGCGGCGUCUUCGUGGGUGGCAUCAACCAGACACGCUACACCAGCAUGUGCCAAGCCGUGAGUAUUCCCCCUUACCACCCACCAUAACCCCCUGGUGUGCCAGCCUAUCUGCCUACCAGGCUGCCAGGCAGACUGCCAACCUGCCUUCCCGUGCUCAAAGCACCUCACAAUUAUGUGGGGAUCUCAAGAUGUUGUGGAGAAAGAUGUGCCUUUGGCAACAUAGUGUGAUUCUGGAUUUGUGGCGGAGUCCCGGCUCUCCACCCUUCUCCCAAAGUGUGCACUUGCACACUUGCCGUCAUAGAUUGAAAUGCAUUGGAUUGGCUAGAGGGAGUUUACACCAUUUGUUAAAUCCAUGAUGAGGUGUGCAAGUGCACACUUUGGGAGAAGGGUGGAGAAUCGGGACGCAGUCUAUCUCUCAAGUAUAGAUUUCUACUUCAGCUGAAGGCAGUGUAGCACCCCCUGCUGAUCUGCACUGGGUUCUUUCAUUAAUGCAUUGUCCCUCACACAAAGGGCCUGGUUGGUAGAGAACAUCUGGGAAAAACCGGUUUUCCACCUGGAAUAAAGGAUAUCGUACAGCUAGUCUCUACUUUGUCAAGGAAUUUAAACAACUGACUAUUAGUACAAUAACAUUUUAUGAAGUAAAUGUGUAUUAUUUUGCUCACAAAUUAUUUGUGAAGCAUCUAUGUAGCGCUUAUGUAGAAUUUAUGAAUGCUCUAUAAAGCCUUCAUAUAGUACAGGCAAUAUAUGGAAAGAUCUUUCACGUUUUCAUAAAAGCAUGAAACUUGGUACACUUGUACAGUUUGGGGCACUGAACCUUUUCACAAUUACAUUUUUUGUUGAAAGUGGGACUGAGAUGUAUUAUUUUUUUUUUUUUAGGUGGGCAUUAUUCUGCAUUACUCUACACUGGCCACGGCUUUGUGGGUGGGCGUGACGGCACGCAACAUCUACAAGCAGGUGACUCGCAAGGCCAAGCGCUAUGAAGAGCUGGACGAGCCCCCGCCCCCUCCACGACCCAUGCUGAGGUAAAAUACUACAGUUCCCACAAUGUACUGUUAUGAAAAGGCUUGGUCAUUAUACCCAAUGAAAGUCCUGCCUACUUCCUGAUUCCAGUCCUGUACGGUUUUUGAAUGGGCUUCAAGCUUAUUUAAUCAAAUUCAUGAAAUCGCAGUCAUAUAAUAUAUAUAUAUAUAUAUAUAAAAUUGGAUUCAUAUUUGUGCAUUGAUUUGCUCGUACCUGAUGCCUUUUAUCAAAAUAUUUGACGCUCAAUAAGUAAGUCACAUCGGCGAAAGUUACAAAAGGAUCAUUUGAACUACAACUCCUGAAGUCUAGUUCGCAAGCUGGAGCGUGCUUGCUCGAGUUGAGAACUCACAGGAUGGUAAAAACCCUUUAGUUACAGUCAAUUUGAUGUGUUUUAUAUUAGAUUACACUGUGGCUUGUUUACUGAACAUUGUCAGCCAGUACUUUAAAAAUAAAUAAAUAAAUAUACUUUCUUUGUAGACCGGCAAGCUGUUGAAAGUGAGACAUAUAUACAGUGGGGAAAAAAGGUAUUUAGUCAGCCACCAAUUGUGCAAGUUCUCCAACUUAAAAAGAUGAGAGAGGCCUGUAAUUUUCAUCAUAGGUACACGUCAACUAUGACAGACAAAAUGAGAAAAAGAAAUCCAGAAAAUCACAUUGUAGGAUUUUUAAUGAAUUUAUUUGCAAAUUAUGGUGAAAAAUAAGUAUUUGGUCAAUAACAAAAGUUUCUCAAUACUUUGUUAUAUACCCUUUUGUUGGCAAUGACACAGGUCAAACGUUUUCUGUAAGUCUUCACAAGGUUUUCACACACUGUUGCUGGUAUUUUGGCCCAUUCCUCCAUGCAGAUCUCCUCUAGAGCAGUGACGUUUUGGGGCUGUCGCUGGGCAACACGGACUUUCAACUCCCUCCAAAGAUUUUCUAUGGGGUUGAGAUCUUGAGACUGGCUAGGCCACUCCAGGACCUUGAAAUGCUUCUUAUGAAGCCACUCCUUUGUUGCCCGGGCGGUGUGUUUGGGAUCAUUGUCAUGCUGAAAGACCCAGCCAUGUUUCAUCUUCAAUGCCCUUGCUGAUGGAAGGAGGUUUUCACUCAAAAUCUCACGAUACAUGGCCCCAUUCAUUAUUUCCUUUACACGGAUCAGUCGUCCUGGUCCCUUUGCAGAAAAACAGCCCCAAAGCAUGAUGUUUCCACCCACAUGCUUCACAGUAGGUAUGGUGUUCUUUGGAUGCAACUCAGCAAUCUUUGUCCUCCAAACACGACGAGUUGAGUUUUUACCAAAAAGUUAUAUUUUGGUUUCAUCUGACCAUAUGACAUUCUCCUAAUCCUCUUCUGGAUCAUCCAAUCAUGGAUCAUAGCAAACUUCAGACGGGCCUGGACAUGUACUGGCUUAAGCAGGGGGACACGUCUAACACUGCAGGAUAUGAGUCCCUGGCGGCGUAGUGUGUUACUGAUGGUAGGCUUUGUUACUUUGGUCCCAGCUCUCUGCAGGUCAUUCACUAGGUCCCCCCGUGUGGUUCUGGGAUUUUUGCUCACCGUUCUUGUGAUCAUUUUGACCCCACGGUGUGAGAUCUUGCGUGGAGCCCCAGAUCGAGGGAGAUUAUCAGUGGUUUUGUAUGUCUUCCAUUUCCUAAUAAUUGCUCCCACAGUUGAUUUCUGCAAACCAAGCUGCUUACCUAUUGCAGAUUCAGUCUUCCCAGCCUGGUGCAGGUCUACAAUUUUGUUUCUGGUGUCCUUUGACAGCUCUUUGGUCUUGGCCAUAGUGGAGUUACUGUUUGACUGUUUGAGGUUGUGGACAGGUGUCUUUUAUACUGAUAACAAGUUCAAACAGGUGCCAUUAAUACAGAUAACGAGUGGAGGACAGAGGAGCCUCUUAAAGAAGAAGUUACAGGUCUGUGAGAGACAGAAAUCUUGCUUGUUUGUAGGUGACCAAAUACUUAUUUUCCACCAUAAUUUGUAAAUAAAUUCAUUAAAAAUCCUACAAUGUGAUUUUCUGGAAUUUUCUUUUCUCAAUUUGUCUGUCAUAGUUGACGUGUACCUAUGAUGAAAAUUACAGGCCUCUCUCAUCUUUUUAAGUGGGAGAACUUGCACAAUUGGUGGCUGACUAAAUACUUUUUUCCCCCACUGUAUCUGGUGGGAGUUGUAGUUCAAGUGUGUAGUUGAAAUUACUUUUCGGCUUCAUGCUUCGUCUUGGCCGUCAAAUACAUUGAAAACCGGCAUAUGGUAAGUAAAUUCACUCGGAAACACAUAUACAUGUUAUAUGACCGCGUUGUCAUGAAUUUGACGAUGCAAAUUUGAAGCCAAUUCUUAGCCUACAAAACGAGGAACCAGGAAGUACCACUUUCAUGGCAGAUAGCGAGUCAGACAAAAGUGUGUGCUCCCUUACAAGGAGCUGCUAAUACUAUUAAAAUAUCUUCUAGAAAGGUUUCUCUUACCUCUGUGACUUGUGGAGGGAGAAAGGUUGGUUUGUGUUGUUGGUUUCAAUUCCAUCACAUGGUGUCAGUAUAGAGGCCUAAAGCACACAUACCACCUCUGCAACCAACUCACCACCAAUUUGAUCUCUUUCACAAGAAAGCAGGCCCUAAUUAGUGAUUUUUCCACUACCUUUUCCUACCAGGUUCUACCUAAUAGGCGGAGGGAUACCGAUCAUAGUCUGUGGCAUAACUGCAGCCGCCAACAUCAAGAACUACGGUAGUCGGGCCAACGCGGCAUAGUAAGUAGUGCCAGUCUGUCACAUUGUAUGGAAACCAAUUAGUCCUUCUACUAUACUGUGUGUUUAUGGAAAUUCUGUUACAUUUGAUCUCGCCAGAAGGCUUCGUGUAUAUAUAGAAAACUAUACCCAAGGGAACUCGCUUUUUGUUUUCGACUGGCCAGAAUGCGUGUGUGCAGGGAUUUAUGUAAAUAACAACUAUUUAGCGGGGAUAGGAAAAGUUCUGAGUCCCUGUGAAGUUCUGAGAACCCGAUUAGGAGCGCUAUUUAUAGUGUGUCGGCACCUCACGUCUGCUGCCAGUUUCUCUCUUUCUCUUAUCUUUCUCUCGUUCUCCUGUUCUCUCUUUGUCUCUUUCUCUCUUUCACUCUCUUCUCUCACUCUCUUUUCUCUCAAAUCUGCUGCCAGUUUCCUAAUCUAUCGUUCUCUUUCUCUUCUCUUUCGUCCUCUUUUUCUUUCAUUCUCAUGUUCUCUCCCUUGUUCUCGUGCUCUCGUUCUCUCUCUCUCUCUCUCUCUCUCUCUCUCUCUCUCUCUCUCUCUCUCUCUCUUCUCUUUUAUGGUGGCAGCUGUUUGGGUUGCAUAAGCGCACUGAGUAAUUUGGAAAUCUGGACCUGGAAGUCUUUGGAGUUUAAUUAAUUUGCGCUACCGAGACGAAUGGAACCCGCCCCGUGGAAUCUUCUGGAACAGAUUCUCUGAGAAUAGGAAAGCAGGAUGUUUAAUACAAAGAGACUCAAUGCGUGCAUGUGUGUCUUUACCUGAUUUAAUGAGAUAAGGGGUUGAGUCAAACUCAUUAUAUAUAUUUUUAAAGGUUGGACCACUUGAAUGGGUGGCACUUGACUCAUCCAGUGACUCAUUAUGCAAAGAUUUCUGUCAAAUGGUCGAGUUACCUAUCACCAAAUUCGUGGCUUUUCAACUCUUAAAAACAUGUUUUCCCACCUCCAGAGUGCCUAUUAAAUGCCAAUUAAAGUAACAGGGUUGACGAUUUCAUCUUAAAUCGGCCAUAAAUCCCCUUGUGACAUGGGGAAUGGAAGCUUGUUGUGUGCAAUUGAAUGCAAUCUUCCCCCCAAAAUGAAAAUGUUAAAACAUUUCUAGCCUAUCUAUCUAUGGGUAACAGGGUUGACAUGUUAUGCUCAACCCGCUCAGUUUUCCACCAGAAAAUGGCCAAAAAUAGAACCAGCUCACCUGCUUUAACACUAUGAUUUGACUAUUAGAUGUUCAAUGUUUCUUUUGCAAUAAUACAAUUUUUUUAUGAUUUCACCAUUAAAACAAGAGUUCAGUUCACGUAACAGGGUUGACCUUAAAAUGAGGGACAGACGUAAAUGAAUCACUAAUCACAAUAAAUAAAUGAUUCUCUCACAAAUUACUUUGUCAAAGCAACAAAAUAAGUAGAGCUUUACAAUAAUGGUGAAACUUGGAGACAUUUGGGGGUUAAGAGGUUAAAAUCUUGACAUGUCAAAAUGCAGAAUUUUGGCACUGUAACCAGUCUUUAUUUAUAUAAAAACAUCUGAUUUAUUGAAUUAUCCAUGUGGUCUAUAUUAAAGGGCAAUUCAUUUAAUAUAAUAGGCUUUUAACAUUCAGUAUUGGUGCACAAUUUCUACUUAAAAUAUCAAAUGCACUCUUUUUGUGGCACGACCCUCAUACACGUCAUAUGGCUCUAUUGCCAACAUAUGUUUUUGCUGAUAUAUCAACACCACCGCAUACUACAUUUGUGUGAAUGAUCAUGUGCGUGUGUACCACAUUUACAUAAAUAUUUACUGUAUGUUUGUACUGAUGCCUUCCCCCUCUAUGUGUCUCUCAGUUGCUGGAUGGCGUGGGAGCCCAGCCUGGGGGCCUUCUACGGCCCUGUCAGCUUCAUCGUCUUCGUGGACUGCAUGUACUUCCUUAGCAUCCUCCUCCAGCUGCGACGCCACCCCGAGCGCCGCUACGAACUCAAGGAGCCCGCUGAGGAGCAGCAGCGACUGGCGGUAGCGGGCAGCGAGGCCGGAGACGUCCCGGCCACCCUCCUCCACCUCCACCCCCAGGACACCUCGUCCUCCACAGUUUCGGCUCCUCACGCCGUGUCCCUGUUGGCCUUGGAGAACGAGCAUACAUUCGCGGUGCAGCUCCUGGGCGCGGCGGCGGCUCUGGGGCUCUACGCAGCGCUGUGGGUGUUUGGCGCCAUGGCCGUGUCCCAGGAGAGGCCGGCCGACCUGGUGUUCUCCUGCCUGUUUGGUGUGGCGGCGCUGGCCCUGGGUGGCUUUCUAAUGGCGCACCACUGCGUCAACCGCCAGGACAUGAGGCGCCACUGGGCCCAGGCUUGUUGCCCUGGGAGACGGGCCUACUCGGCGCAGGAGGAUGCCCUGCUGCCGCUGCCGGGGGCAUCCACGGCAUCCGCGACUGGGUCGGUUGGUAGGGGCAAUGGCGAUGCGGCCAAGUGUGCCCACAGCAGUGCUGAGUCAUCGUGCACCAAUAAGAGUGCCCCCAGCAUGCGAAACUCCGCCCAGGGAAGUAAACUGACCAAUCUGCAUGCAGAGGCGGCACAGAACAAGUCCCUGCCCCUACUACCCCUGCCCGCGCCGGCCAAUGGCGCAGCCUUGCUGGACAACAGCCUGACUGAGCACUCGGUGGACAACGAGAUCAAGAUGCACGUGGCGCCCGUGGAGGUGCAGUUCCGGCCCGUCAACAACAACAACAAUCCCACCGCCGCCACCAACGGACACGCGGGCCGGCACCACAAGAACAGGGCGCGGUCCCACCGGGCCAGCCGACUUACGGUGCUGCGCGAGUACGCCUAUGACGUGCCCACCAGCGUGGACAGCAGCGUGCAGAGCGCCCCCCACAGGCGGCAUCGCCACGAACACCACGACAGUCAGCAGGCGCGGAGCAGCCGACGGGCAGCCUACAUGGCCUACAGGGAGCGCCUCCAGAGCCAGAUGCAACAGGACAGCAGCGACGCCAGCACGUCCCUGCCCCGACCCUCGCGCUACGCCGACAAGGGAGGGGGCAGCACUAGCACCCUGGGCAACGGGGCUGUCGGAGGAGUUGGAAGUGGAAGUGUAGGAACAAUAGUAGGGUCAGGUGGAGAAAGUGAGGGGGUUGGGACUGCUGCUUCCGUUACGAGUAAAGACAGUAGUAGCGUAAAGGAGCCCAAUAACACAGAAUUGGUGGAGGGCCGGCCCAAGUCGUACGGGCUCAACCUGGCUACACAAAACGGCACGCUCAAAGACAACGGGCAGAACAUGCCCUUAAUCAACACAGAGAGCUCGAGCUCGGCCAACAUAAAGACUGGCUUAUGGAAACACGAAACUACCGUGUAG